GGUACGAGAAGGAAAAAAAAAAAACUUCCUUCACUGCAACGGGAAAACCGCAGUGCAGCAGUCCUCCUUUCCCCUCUGCGAUUUUGCCUAAUUCCUCUCCGCCCCUCCAGUCCUGUGGCCACCGCUCUAGGCCGCCGUCGCCGAUCCCGCCCACACUCCCGCGCCUCGCCGCCCGCUCCUGCCCCCGCCCCUGCUCGCGCUGCUGAUGACGUGAUCCGUCCGUAGGGUGGGUUCCUGCGUGCGGACAGAGUUCGUCGGGGGUCCCGGUCCGCAAGACCCUAGGGGUUCGUCGGCGGCGAGGAUGCCCGGCCUGCCUCUACCUCAACCUCCAGCACAGACUACUGAAUGCGAAUAUGCUCAUCCUGGGCCUGCGGGCCACAUCUUCCGUCAGAGGUCAAGAGCUGGAUUGUCUCCAGAUGAGAAACUUGCUGCUGAAAAAGAUCUGGCGCUGUACUGCAAACCAGUUGAGCUCUACAAUAUUAUUCAGCGGCGAGCCAUUAAAAAUCCCCCUUUUAUGCAAAGAUGCCUUCUUUACAAUAUACUAGCGAAGAGGAAAAAGAGGAUUCAGAUAACCAUAUCACUUUCUGGAAGUGCAAAUACCGAAUUGCAAGCACAGAAUAUCUUUCCUCUUUAUGUUCUGUUAGCUAGACCUACUAGUAAUGUUUUGCUUGAAGGGCAUUCUCCAAUUUAUCGGUUCAGCCGAGUUUGUUUGCUUACUUCUUUUAGUGAAUUUGGAAAUAAAGACAACACUGAAGCCACAUUCAUCAUUCCUGAUGUGAAGAAUCUGUCAACCUCCCGUUCUUGCAACCUUGACAUUAUCCUUAUUAGCUGUGGGCAAGUUGGACAAAGUACUGGUGAAGAUUACUGCUCUGGGAACCAUGUGGAGAGCUCAUCUCUCCAAAAGCUUGAAGGGAAAUGUUCCUGGGGUAAAAUACCAACUAAUUUACUUGCUUCAUCUUUGGAGAGUUGUGUGACUUUAAGCUUGGGAACAAUUGUGGAGUUGGCUUCUAAAGUUACAAUGAGACCAAGCUUCCUAGAGGCAAAAUUUCUGGAGCAAGACAGUUGCUUGACAUUUUGCUCCCAUAAGGUUGAUGCUACGGGUUCAUAUCAGUUACAACUAUGCAUGUCUGCACAAAAGGCUGGUGCAAAAAACAUGUCUUUGUCUCCCUAUAAAAGUUACUCAUAUAAUGAUCCUCCACCCGCGUCAUUUUCAGAUAUCAUAAGGUUAAGAGCUGGCAAUGUAAUUUUUAAUUACAAGUACUACUAUGAUACGAUGCAUGAGACUGAAGUCACUGAAGAUUUUUCUUGUCCAUUUUGUUACGUACGAUGUGGAAGUUUCAAGGGUCUGGGAUGUCAUUUAAACUCGUCGCAUGACCAAUUCUGCUAUGAAUUUUGGAUAUCUGAAGAGUAUCAGGUUGUUAAUGUUCGUCUGAAAGCCGAUGCCUCAAGAACUGAGUUUUUGGCCGAGGGAGUUGAUCCAAGGCAUCAAACAUUUUCUUACCGCUCAAGAUUUAAGAAGCGUAGACGAUUGAAGACCACAACUGAGAAAAUCAGGCAUGUACAUUCACAUAUCAUGGAAUCAGGGUCACCUGAAGAUGCACAGGCAGGAUCUGAAGAAGAAUAUGUGCAAGGGAAAAAUGGGACUUCUGUAGCAAAUGCUUCAAUUGAUCCUGCUCAAUCAUUACAUGGUAGCAAUCUUUCGCCGCCAACAGUACUGCAGUUCGGGAAGACAAGGAAGCUAUCUGAGCGAGCUGACCCUAGAAAUCGGCAACUCCUGCAAAAACGCCAGUUCUUCCAUUCACACAGGGCACAGCCAAUGGCAUUGGAACAAGUGUUCUCAGAUCGUGAUAGUGAAGACGAAGUUGAUGAUGAUAUUGCCGACUUUGAGGAUAGAAGAAUGCUUGAUGAUUUUGUUGAUGUUACAAAAGAUGAGAAGCUUAUUAUGCAUAUGUGGAAUUCAUUUGUUCGAAAACAAAGGGUGCUAGCUGAUGGCCAUAUACCUUGGGCCUGCGAGGCAUUCUCCCAGUCCCAUGGACAGCAACUUGUACAGAACCCUGCUCUUCUAUGGGGCUGGCGUUUCUUCAUGAUUAAACUCUGGAACCACAGCCUUCUAGACGCUCGCACCAUGGACACGUGCAACACAAUCCUCCAAGGUUUCCAAGACAAGAAGUAAUUUCAAUGCUUCGGGGGGAACAACUGUUCGUAAAGCUGUUCCUGGGGGAAGAGAGGAGGGUCAUUGUUUCAUUCAUGAUUGAUGUCGAUUGUAUUAAUUGUUGCUGAAAAGAGAUGACGUAACAGGGGCACCUCCCAAACUGUAACAAUAUACUGUAUCCUGGGUGAUACUUGGAUUUGAUGAAUAUUAGUGAUGUUUCCUUACUUAAGAGUUGUGA